AUGGACACAGAGGAGCUUCCUCCUUGUAAACAAGACAAAGUUCACUAUAAAGGAGGAGAACUGAGCAGAGAGACUCUCAAUGAGAAGCCAUGGUCGUCACCACAGGUAUCAUCUUUAGAGAUGAAUGAAUCUUCCACCAGGGACACUUUAUCUUUCACAGUUUAUGUGGGUAUGGGCUCAGCCAGAUAUGUUUUACUGACUGUUGUUGCCUUGGCAUACAUUGCCACUAUAUUAGCCAACAUUACUCUUAUGCUGUUGAUAUUCCUAGACACAUCCCUACAUAAACCAAUGUAUAUAUUUUUAUUUAGUUUAAUUUUAAAUGGGUUAGUUGGAAGCACAGCUGUUUGGCCAAACGUUAUGAAUAUACUCUCAACAAACAUUCCUCUUAUCUCGUAUGAAGGAUGUCUCGUCCAGGUUUUUCUAAUGGGAACAUAUGGAGCUUGUAACUUCUCUAUGCUGACAGUGAUGGCUUAUGACAGAUUUAUCUCCAUAUUUAAGCCUUUGCAGUACCACACCAUCAUUACCCCACAGAAAGUAAAGCAGUUGCUGUUUGUUGCAAACUUUAGCCCUGCAGCUAUGGUACUCGGUCAAAUAUACCUAACUUCUCAACUACCAUUGUGCAGAUACAAAGUUCAUAAGAUAUUUUGUGAUAAUCUAGGCAUUACAAGCUUAUCAUGUGAUGACAGUCACACCAUUCAAAGUCGAGUGACCAACUUGUAUGGUAUAAUUAUCACAAUUGUUAUUGCAGCUUUGUCGGUGUUACUCAUUUUAUUGUCAUAUGUUAAAAUUAUGGUGUUAAGCUUGAAAGCUUCACGCAACGCAAGAAAGAAAGCAUUUAAAACCUGCUCUCCACACAUAAUUAUUUUUGUAAAUUUCUCAUUGGCCUCACUGUUCUCACUAUUUUAUAAUCGCUUCAACACUUAUUUACCAGGAGAGGCCAACAUACUCUUGUCAAUGAAUUAUAUCCUUGUUCCUCCACUGUUACAACCAAUUAUAUAUGGCAUUAAAACACAGGAAAUUAGACAGAGUUUCUCAAAAGUCAGGAGAAGAACUGUUUUUGCAAUGUCUGAAUGUCUGUUCGCUCCAUCAUCAGUAUUUUCUCUCUGUGUGACAGGCAGGUUAACACAGACUAUGUAA